AAGAACAAAGCGAAACUUUGCCCAACGCUGGGACACCCCCAUAACCUUCCCCAGCUGGAGGCCUUGUGCCAAGAGGAGACGGAGAGGCAGGAGGACCAAGCCGAGGGGAUCCGGCUCUCCAACGAGCAACUCGAGGACUGUGUCAUCGAAGGCGCCCAGAGGUUUGUCUCCGCGCUGGCCGCCUGCACAGAGAAGAUCCUGGCAGAGCUGGAUGACAGCCUCACCUUUGAUGACGUACAACAGGGAAAAACCGAGACCCCUCGGGAAAAGACAAGCACUCUCCUGCGACGUAAAAAAGCAGGCCUUUCCUUAGAGAUUGAAGAAUGUAGGCUGCUGGUUGAACGGGGGAGCAGGACUUGGCCUGGCCUCCCCAGGACCACCUUAAGGGGUCUUCCUAAUCAAAUUAUCUGUCGAGAAACCGCUUCCGUGACAACAGCCAAGAGCACCCUGGGCCACAAGGCAGCCAUGGAAGAGAGAGAUGCAAUUUACCUGAAAUUCACGCAAUUACUUGAAGUGGAAUUUGCCCGGAUUAAAGAAGAGAACACGGCCCAUUUGAUGAAGGCUCAGCACUGGGCAGACUGGUGGAAAAAGUCUGUGCAGAAAAUCAAGCAGCUGUAUUUAUAAAUCGGCCUCUUCCGUCAUACACCUCUCUUGUCGCCCCUCCUGUACCAAUAGAUAUUUUACUCAGAGAAAAGCAAAUAUAUCGUUUUUGAAAUAAUACUGUGGUAUCCCCCAUUUUUCUCCCCCCUGUGUGCUGGGUUGAUAGGUAGAAAGAUUCUGCAAACGUUAUAUGGGGGUCAAGCAUCUGGCAGUUGAGAUCUUUGGCUCCACCUGAAAAUGUUUCAGGAUAUCGUAAGUAAAAAGAUUAUUUGUCUGCCUACCUCUGAGUUGUCUGCUCUGGUCAACGGCAUCUUCCCGGCAUUCUGGAAAAAGAUUGUGCAUUUCCCGUCCCGUGGUCCAUAUUUUUGUUUACUUUUUGUUUCAAAACUAGAAAUGAGUCCAUCUUAAGUAUGCAUAGGAAUGAAUUUUUUUAUUGCAGUCGGGCGACCAGCUCAUAAAACGUAUUUAUGGCGAAAAUAUACAAAAUGCAGUUUAAAAAUAUACAGCCAAUUCAUAAAACAGAUUAUGUGGCUAAAUACACGAAAAAGUAUGUGUAUGUAUACUUUGCACGGUGCAUCCAUGUUUUAUCCCCUUUUAGCCUGAUAAAACUUCACUUAUAAAACAGAUUCAUACUUCUAAAAUGCAAAUAAAACUGUUAGGCCGUGGUGUUUUAUCAGGUUACAGUCAUCCUGCGGUGUUUUGAUAUCCCCAUGCUGAUGGACAGCGACAGAGCCUAUAAAUGUCUCCCUGCAUCUGGCAGCCUAUAUUACAAAUAAAGCAGAAUUUUUUUGUCACCCCUUGGUUUCUCCCUUGAAGCAGGAAGCCCAGUUUUUCUUUGGCUUCCCAUCACUUCCUUCUUUUUAACCAGAAGUUAAAUGACUAAAUGACAUUCCUUCUGUGUCAAGGCCGUGGGUGGAAAUCAGCCACUCUCGGCCCUUUUGGGAAAAGCUUUCCGUUAUUCCAUUUUCAUGGGCUUUUUCAUCUUGAGACCGAUAUUUUGUGCCCGCUCACCAUUUAAUGGUUUUUCAGGAUCUGAUGGCCGUUACGUCGGUUUGGGCUCCAGAAUCCAGAGUCUAAAUAAAUUUCUGGUACCGUUUCCCCCGUGGAUUAAGCGCCCGUACAGAGAAUCUGUAAUUUGGAGAAUUUGUAGAAGCGAAAGCAUUCAUAUUGAGUUAUCCUCUGUUUGCCAUACAGGCAGAUUCAGCCUCUUCCUCCUUGUUUUAUUCCUGUUGGCACGAAGAACCGUCCCAUCUGCUUUUUCCGGCCAUUUAAACUGACGCUCUCCAAAAAAGGGGACAAACUCCGAGGUUUUGUAAGCUUUUCUGAUGAAGGGUGAUUCCUUUUCUUGAUGAUUCCCAGGAACAGCAAAGGGAAAUGCACUUUGCAAUUUACUAAACCUUCACAAUCUCUCGUGACACCAGCCGCCAAAUUUCACAAUACUCCCUUACCCUUCCUUCUGCCCACGAUGCUUGCUUCGCUUACCGGGAUUUCCAGACGGGGAAUUUGAAAGAUUUUGACCCGUGGGAAAAAAACAGAUCUCCUCGAAACAGGCUCCGUGGGGAGGUGAGGGGAGAUUCUUUCACUCGGAAAAACAGGUUUUGACACUUCCAACGGCAGGGAGCAAACAUCAACAAAGGGUAGAACAAGGUUGAAAAAUUGGUUUAGUUUUGAGUGAGCCACUAAGAAACAAAAUAGAGAUAAGGAUGCCAAGCAGCCGUUGCCCGCCAGCAACGACAGAGGAACUAUUUGUAACCCAGAGAUGCGUGUGAGUGACUUUCCUGUUUUAGCUCUGCUCGGUUUAAUUUGUUUUUCCUGCCUUUCUGUUGUUGGCAUUCUCUGAUAUCACCCCACCCGGCUGAUUUUGAUCAUGAAACAGCACCAGAAGUAUGGUGAAUAAAUAAAUCAUUGGCGUGGGGGAAGGAAGCAUCAAACCUGCAUGUAAUGAUUUGCAAAAAAAGGAAAGCGUUUAUUUCAUGACGACACCCAAGCGCCAUGUUUGGCAGCCUGCUGGCCUCCGAGGACUGAAAUUGAAUUCCUCUCCUGAUCGUCUUGAUUGUGUCUGCCCGGGCACCAUGAAGAGCCAAAAACUAUUGAGACCUCUACUUCUUGGGUGCUGUUUCACCAUCGUUCCUGUAUUGAUCUGGUUUUUACUUGGAACAGAACCAAUCAAAUAUUUGCCUUUUUAUCUGCCCUGCCCGGAUAUCUUUUCCAUGAGACUGCAGUACAGAGGGGAGAAAUCGCGUGGGCUCUUUCCACAAUUAUUUUAUCCUCAACCAAGUGCCCUGGAGCAGACACGUUCUGAUGUUCUCACACUGACCCCAUGGCUGGCACCCAUCAUUUGGGAAGGAACAUUCAACUCCCAAAUAUUGGAUCGCACGUACAAGCCUUUGAACCUCACCAUCGGCAUGACGGCGUUUGCUGUUGGAAAAUACGUCCAGUUUGUGGGCCGCUUCCUGGAGUCCGCAGAACUCUACUUCAUGGCAGGCUACCGCGUGAACUACUACAUCUUCACCGACCGUCCUCAAGACAUCCCCGUGGUCCAUCUGCAGCCUGGCCGGACCCUCAGCCUUGUCCCCAUUAAAAAGUACACCCACUGGGAGGAGAUCUCCAUGCGACGGAUGGAGGCCAUCAACCGAUACAUCUCGGAGACCGCCCAUCGAGAGGUGGACUACCUCUUCUGCUUGGACAUUGACAUGGUGUUCCAUAAUCCAUGGGGCCCGGAGACCUUUGGGGAGAUGGUAGCAGCCAUUCACCCCGGUUACUUCAAGGUCCCUCGAACGGAUUUCCCUUAUGAAAGGAGAAGUAUAUCCACCGCUUACAUCCACAGAGAAGAGGGGGAUUUUUACUACGCCGGCGCCGUCUUCGGAGGUCUCACCAAGAACGUCUACGAGUUCACGAGAGCUUGCCACAUGACCAUCUUGGCCGACAAAGCCAACGGCGUCAUGGCGGCUUGGCAAGAGGAGAGUCACUUGAACAGGCAUUUUCUUUCCCAUAAACCUACAAAGCUUCUUUCUCCCGAGUACCUCUGGGAUGACACCAAGCCGAAGCCGCCUGAGGUGAGGCUCGUACGCUUCUCGACGGUGGUGAAGAACAAUAGGCAGUUAAGGAAUUAACCCUGGUUGGAUCUUGUUUCUUAGUGCCUGGAUGGGGAGGAGAAGGUUCAAAGUUCGGGUCAUUGAGCAGUGGAUGAUUUGUAAUGUUGAGUAGGGACGACACAGUGGGGGAGAUACACUGGGAUCUGAAUUUCCCCCCAAAUCGGGUGUAGCCAUUCACUGUAGCCGUCCAGACAUCCAUCAAUUUUCAGGAGUCGGCAGAGGCCGAGAGCCACGUUCAAAUAGCGGAAGCUCCUUUUGACAAGGUUUCCACUCCUUUUUUUUUAAUUUAUUUUUUUUAAGUGGCCUAGCAAAUGCUAUGUUCCAGCUCUGCUUUGAAAGUCUUUAACAAAAAAGGAAAAAACAAACCCACCCAACUCUGUUUCCGGAUUCCAGGCAUUAAGUGUCAGGGGGCGUGCCCCUGUAAGCACCUCUUUGCCUUCACAUCAGAAAGCGGACAAAAAGCGCUGUCGAUCCGGAUGGAGCAUAUAUUCCACCAUCCCUGGCCGCCAAACAAACUGAAGAUGAUUCGCCACCAUGGCAUCACAAGCGUCCACAUAUUGAGAUUUAUGUUGUGCAGUCGCCAACAUCCAGAAAUAGGGAUUUCCUCGUUGUCUAGAGGGAUCCAGAGACCAUGCUAUGUAGACGGUUCACUGAUUACCUGCGUUUUUCGGCACCCACUUGAAACCGAUCCCCCGUGGAUCCGAGAGGACUGUAUUUCUGUGUAUGUUGCGUCCUCCCAUAGCCUCCCACGGGCCUGAAAAGUGCCCUAUUCAUCAACUAAGUGGAAGAAAACGUCAGCUUCCCAGGACACAUUGUGACCGGCCUUAAUUGGGAUAUUCUUAAACAAAGGGACUUCAAAGCGAGAUCUCGGCGUGAAACCGCUGGAUUGCCAUUUAUGAAGAAGCUCUGUUAUGCCACCUGUAUUCUGAAUCACAUCAACAGGUUUUUAUCCCAUUUGCGGUGCUAGUUCGCCGACCGUUACCAUUACGUUUUUUGCUAAUGCUGCUGCAUUAUACUAUGCAUGCACACACACAUAUAUUACAUGCUAAUUUAAGAUUGCACUUCAGGUAUCUGGUAAAGUCAACGUUUGUCCGCACGAGCACCCAACAUAAUAAAAACGGUGGCUUUUAAG